UCUUAAAUUAAUUAUCAAAUUCUUCUAUAUUGUAUUAAUACUCGAUAAACACAUUCCUCUCAUUUGCCUUUAUAAACCCACUACCACUCCACUAUUUUCACAUACCCAGUCAUAGCAAAUCCACCCUUCCGAAACAACCAGAGCAGAAAAGAGAUGGGUCUGUUUAGAUCAUCAGCAGCCAUGUUCGUUCUCUUGUUUUUCGCUUUCACCUUGUCCUCAGCCUCUGACAUGUCGAUCAUAUCUUAUGAUCAAACACAUGCUACCAAAUCCAGCUGGAGAACCGAUGACGAGGUCAUGGCUAUAUACGAAGACUGGCUGGUGAAGAACGGCAAGGCCUACAACGCUUUGGGAGAAAGGGAGAGGAGGCUUCAGGUUUUUAAAGACAAUUUAAGGUUCAUUGAUGAGCAUAACUCUGAGAAUCGGACCUACAGGGUCGGGUUGAACCGGUUCGCUGAUCUUACCAACGAGGAGUACCGAUCCAUGUACCUGGGUGGCCGGAGUGGUAUUAAAAGGAACAGGUUGCGUAAAACCAGUGAUCGUUACAAUCCACGUCUCGGCGAGUCUUUGCCGGAUUCCGUUGAUUGGAGGAAAGAAGGUGCCGUCUUAGAGGUCAAAGAUCAAGGAAGUUGUGGGAGCUGCUGGGCUUUCUCAGCGAUUGCUGCUGUGGAAGGGAUCAACAAGAUCGUUACUGGUGACCUCAUCUCUCUAUCGGAGCAGGAAUUGGUGGAUUGUGAUACCUCCUAUAAUGAAGGAUGUAAUGGAGGUCUAAUGGACUAUGCCUUUGAAUUCAUCAUCAACAAUGGUGGCAUUGACUCUGAGGAAGAUUACCCUUACACUGCUCGUGACGGCAAAUGCGAUGCAUACAGGAAAAACGCCAGGGUUGUUACAAUUGAUGAUUAUGAAGAUGUUCCUAUGAAUGAUGAGAGAGCACUACAAAAGGCAGUCGCAAGUCAACCAGUGAGUGUUGCAAUUGAAGCAGGUGGCAGGGAUUUCCAGUUUUACUCAUCGGGUGUUUUUUCGGGUAGAUGUGGGACGGCAUUGGACCAUGGUGUCGCUGCAGUGGGUUAUGGCACAGAAAAUGGUCAAGAUUAUUGGAUUGUCAGGAACUCGUGGGGGAAAAGCUGGGGAGAAAAUGGCUAUCUCAGAAUGGCGCGAAAUAUUAAUAUGGCAACUGGGAUAUGUGGAAUUGCGAUGGAAGCUUCUUCUCCUAUCAAGAAAGGCCCAAAUCCCCCCAACCCUGGCCCGUCUCCUCCAUCUCCAAUAAGGCCUCCAACCGUCUGCGACAAUUACUAUAGCUGCCCCGAGAGCAAUACUUGUUGCUGCCUCUUUGAGUAUGCCAACUUCUGCUUUCAAUGGGGAUGCUGCCCACUUGAGGGUGCUACCUGCUGUGAAGACCGUUACAGUUGCUGCCCACACGACUAUCCCAUCUGCAACAUUAACCAGGGAACCUGCUUAAUGAGUAAGGACAACCCAUUAGGAGUUAAGGCAAUGAUGCGCAUUCCUGCUAAGCCUCACUGGGCUUUUGGAGCUGAAGGCAAGAAGAGUAGUGCUUAGGUAAAAGUUAGGUCUUUGAGGCAGCGGACGAUAGAAUGAGGCAGGGAUAGAAGAAUCAUACCAGUGGUUGAUACCCCUCCUUGGUUUCUAUGAAGCUGCACAACUUUAUUCAACCAUUAAGAUCGGUAUUAGAAAGAUGGUUCAUUAAAAGUUUAUUCAGCUGCUGAUUACGUGCAUAGAUUUCUAUUUAUCAUGUUUCAUUUGAAGAAAAGGUAUAUUGAUCAGCUUCCAAUAUCCACAGUAAAUGUUGUCAUCAUUGGCAAAUAUGGCUUUCAUGAUUGGGUUUGUCAUUCCAAUGAUACUCGCAGUUCUCAAACCAUCAAUAGCUUUUAUCUUUA